AUGGCUAACUCGAUUAUGGCUUCCUCCAAACCACUGAUCUUCCUCUCCUCCUCCAACCAACCAAGCCGCGUCCAGAUUCCCAAAUUCGCAAAACUCCCCCAAAUCCCCAAAUCCAUCUCUUCCUCCUCCGACCUCCGCAACAAGGCUCUGUCACUCUCUUCCGCCACCGCGAAAUCCCUAGCCCUAAUCGCCGCCUUCGCUCCCCCGUCGAUGGCGGAAGCGAUGGAGAAGGCGCAGCUCUUCGAUUUCAACCUGACGCUUCCGAUCAUCGUCGUGGAGUUUCUCUUCCUCAUGUUCGCGCUCGACAAGGUCUAUUACUCGCCGCUUGGGAACUUCAUGGACAAGAGAGACAGUGAAAUCAAGGAGAAGCUCGCGAGCGUGAAGGAUACUUCCGCGGAGGUGAAGGCGCUCGACGAACAAGCCGCCGCCGUUAUGAGAGCAGCUAGGGCCGAAAUCGCCGCCGCGCUUAACAAGAUGAAGAAGGAGACCCAGGUGGAGGUUGAGGAGAAGCUAGCGGAAGGAAGGAAGAAGGUGGAGGCGGAGCUACAGGAAGCUCUGGCGAGCUUGGAGAAGCAGAAGGAAGAAACCAUUAAAGCUUUGGAUUCUCAGAUCGCUGCUCUCAGUGAAGACAUUGUCAAGAAGAAACGCAACGGUGUUUCAUCAAAACAAAUUACAAAUUACGGGGCCUCCACGCCUUCUUCAUCUUCCUUCUUCUUUCUUCCUUCGUCUCUUCUCUCUCUCACAGGAGGGACUUGGAGUUUUGGUAUUAUCACAUUCCCUCGUCUUCGCCGUCAUUACUGGUGUUAG